AUGGCCAAGGAAUCUUUGGUUAUCAUUCAAAAGGGGAGUGCUGCGCCUUCGGACACUGUGGAGGUCAAGGAGGAGGUGAAGCCCCCGAAGGAUUCCUACAACCAAAUACAGAUAGAAGUCGAAGCCAUGUCACCCGUGUUACGUGACCCGGUCCAGCCCGAGCAGGACAUCUUUUCACAGCUAAAACAUGUAAAAGGUAUAAAAAUAGGUCACCUAAACUGCAAUUCCCUCCGUAACAAGCUCGAUGAGCUGAAACUCCUUCUGCUUUGUCGGGCAAUAUUUGAUGUGAUGACCCUGAGCGAAACCUGGUUUGGUGAAAACGACGCAAACGAAAGUUUCAACGUUCCUGGAUACACAAUUAUGUCAAGGAAGGAUGGGGCUCCUAAGUUUACCGGUAGGCCACGCGGUGGUGUUUUGAUAUAUGUGAAAGACAGUCUUUCAAGAUUGGUCAGAGAGUGUGACACCAAGAUGGAGGAAGGAUUAGAGGCAUGCUGCAUCGAUAUCCAGCUUGGCGGGAGUAAUGAUGUAGGGCAAGGUUCAGACCAAAUCAACAUGUGCUUGAAGAAGAAUAUUCUGAGAAUCAUUACUGUGUACGUGCCACCAGGAACGAGGGGUCAGGUUUCCCUCUUGAAAAAACUGCAAAGCAGUUUGAAUAGUUUGAAGGCAACAGAUAGUUGCAAGUCUACAGAUUGUUGCUGUAAAACAAACUAUGUGAUACUAGGUGAUUUAAACUGCGAUAGAAAAACUCUUUCGUCGUGCAAAUCCAUGAAAUCUGUGAAAGGGAAGAAACUACAAACGCUCGAUGAAAUUGAAAACAGCCACCAUUUGUCACAAAUGAUUAAACAUCCUACACGGGUUCAAUGCAAGAAGAAGAGAGGUCAGCCCACAUAUUAUGAGAGGACAGAAUCGUUGAUCGAUUUUGUCCUCUCAGAUAUACUUGCUGUCUCAUCGGGAGUAAUACAUAGUGCUAUAAGUGACCACUAUAUGGUUUACUGUGCCUAUGAACCUGAUAAGAAAGAUCUCUUCAAGUCAACACCGUUGCUAACAUUUGAGGAGUUUUCUCAACUUACCAAGAGUGACAUUGACGAAGAAGUAUAUGGAAUGAUUCUUGCCCGUGACAUUGCCAAGGAAAGGGGUGUUUGGGAUGCGUGCAAAGAGUGGAAAAAGGCCAUCAAAAGAGCAAUGAAUGAAAACAAAAAAGAACGGAAGCAAAAAUAA